CUUGUCUUGUCUUCCUACGAAGACAGGCCGGCAGACAGUUGACAGUAUGACUAACAAACCACCGCGCUUUUUUUUUAUUUUUAGGAGUGAACACCCACGAGGAUAGAUUUUCAAUUUGUCACUGCCACAUUGAAUAACCCGUACCGUUCAAAGAUGGGCCAGAACCUUCUACUCUCCAAUUUUUCGUUAGAUAUUUACAAUUUGAAUUUGUGAGUUUCUGUACAAUUUUCAACGAUCUUAUGGACUUCUACUUGUUUCAUUUUUACCUCCAAAGUGGUGGACCUUGAGCCUUCGCGGACAGAGGCAUCGGGCAAGUGGAAGCUUCACCAGACAGCGCUACGUGCCAGAAGAACCGCGGUAUCGAAGCGAGAGGAACAGGACUGGAACAUACAGGAAGAGGCGACCACUGGAUCUACUGGAAGAGGUGGUGCCAAUUGUAGAGGUGGGCGACGAGGCGGAGACGCCAAAACACAACCAACAGUCGAAAGCGUGGCAAGGUGCUGGCAUGGACAACAAAAAAGGGUCUGGUGGUAUCAAGGGCGGUGGUGGAAAUGGUCAGCUUCCAACGGCUUUGACGGGCAGUGGGUCCCGCUUGCGGGCUCUAAAUCUACCUGCGGGGCCGAUCAUGAUGAUCGGGAAGCAUCUUAUCACUCAUGCAGCAAGAAAUGGCGGGCGCGUGGUUCUUGUAAUAAGGCAUUGUUCCUGAUACUAGAUUAAUUCUAAGAAGCCUACAUAUUCACUUCUGCAAGAAUAGCACGAAGAUUCGUAUUGUCGUCUAGUACUUCUAUUGACUUUCUUAUUCUAUCGGAGCAACUGAACUGCUUCUACUUGUUGGUUCUACUAACCACAGGUUUGGCUCGGGAGAAGGACAGGAUCAUGAGUAGAUCUGUUAAUACUAUAGAUCAUGAAUGUCCUUGCACCAUGAACUUGUCAGACAUAUUCUUGUUCUUGUGUGACCAAACAUGGUCUGUUCUAAUGCUGAAACUGAAGAGUGUUUGCAGGAACGCGAUGAAGGAUAUGAAGAGGAUUGGAGAUGCGGAUGGGACGAGGACUGGCCACAACCAGAGUGGCCACAGAAGUCAAAGCGCGCCCUGAGAAGGGCCAAAAUGAAAGCAGAUGAGAGGAAACUGAUGGGGGAACAACAGAAUGGAGAUGCCACUGACGUAAAAACAGAGAACAAGUACGAGGAGGAGGAACCUAUGCAGGAGGAUGCUGCAUCGACAGUUCUUCACGGAGCCGGACGCGGAGACGCUCUGUGUCUUGAUAGGUCGGUCAAAGACUCGUCGGCUCGAGAUGAUGUUGAUGAUGAACGGUGCAAUUUGGGUUGCUUCAUACCCAUGGAGAUUCCUGACAAGAGGCCAAGCCGACCAACGCCCGACGCAAUCAAAUCCAUCACAGUAUCAGUAGAUGGGGCUGCUGCUCGUACCACUACUGUUGACAAUGGGUAUCAGGGGGCCGCUAAAACAGCACCACAUUCGGAAGCUGACAAAACGGAAGAGGAGAUCUGUGUUAUGACGCUAAGCGCAGACGAACUCGAGAAGCAUAAGGCGCAAAUGAAAGAGCUUCACUUCAGCGAGGUGUGCAAGCCAUGUGGAUUCUUCUGGAAAUUAUGAAGGCCAGUUCAUAUUGCGUAAGUAAGUAAUGAAUAUGUCCUUCAUAUCAUUCAUUUCCAAUUGUGUGACUGUUCACGACCUCUCACAUGGAUGAGAAGAUUCGUUCAACAAGAAAAACCAUGAAGAGGUAGUAGAAGAACAACGCAUAUGUCUAACGAGUAGACCACCACAGACACUUUAUUAUUUAUUAUUUAUAAAGAACUACAUUAAAAGAAAAAGUGCUUUUCAGACAGGAGAGUAAAGAUUCACUUCUGCAAAUUGGCCUUGGCUCUAAUGAAAUCGUUCGGGUGUAAGCUGGGCGACGAGUGUCACUUUUGUCAUAUCUGCACUCCUGAGCAGGCGAAGGCAAGAAAAGCCAGGAAAAUUGCAGAGCUGCAAAUGCAAGCUAGAUUGAAUGGGAAACCCAUCACGAGAAACGUCAAGAAGAGGGAGAGCAGGUUUAAGACGCUGUUCCUGCGAGAGUAA